AUGGGGGCCAAACCUUCCACCAUGAAACGAACGCAGUCGGCUGCCUUUGGUCGAUUGCGGAUUGAUUCGCCACGGAUUGUUACGCCAGGAUCGGUCAAGCAGUCUCUGACAAGAAGAAGAGAGUUGAGAGCUCAACAAGUAGGAACUGGACCAGCCGCUUUGAUUCGACCUGGUAGUCAGUCGGGCUUGGCCGAAACGAGUCCCUUGUUGAUUCAGCCUCACCAGCAGCAGGUAGGAAGAGAACUGGGUGCGACAGAAAAUCAAUUCAUGGCCACUCCGGAAAGUCCAGCAUUGAUGGUUUGGAUUGUUCCUGCCUUGUGUUGUGCCAUGGCCUAUGCCUUGUACAAUAUCUUUAUCAAAAAGGGAUCGAGUCAUAUCAAUCCUGUGCUCGGGGGUGUCAUUUUGCAGUUGGUGGCAGCCCUUCUGGGAGGAUGCUUACUUACGUUCUUGAUAUUGCAGGAGACACACAAGGGUGGCGAUGUCGGCAAUAUCGUUGCCUUUGACAAGGAAGGUAUUUUCUGGGCCGUCCUAGCUGGAUUGGCUGUCGGAACUGCCGAGAUUGUCUCCUUUUUGGUCAGUAGCAUGGGUGUCCAAGCCAUGCAAUCGAUUCCAGUCAUUAUCGGUGGAUCUGUCUUGUUUGGAACUGUCAUUGGGGCAUUGGCAUUGCACGAGGACUUGUCGAUGCGCGGAUGGGGAGGAGUUGUGCUGAUUUCGAUUGGAAUUAGUUUGGUUGGAUUGGAUUCCGAGGGUGAGAUGCAUUGA